AUGUCAGGACAAUCCAACGUAGGCAACAGCGGCGUCUAUGAGGCUGGUGACCAGCGCAACCAGGCUGAGAAUCAACGCACUCCCUACGAGGAGGGACAGUCGAAUAGUCACCAGGACAAUGACUCCAAGGACCAACGCAGCAUCGCAAACCGACUAGCUCAAGCAAGCCCACAAAACGACGACACUUCCGGCAAGGACAAGUCGGACGAGACAAAAGCAGGCGAGAUUGACCCCACCUUGCCUGCAAAGAUGCACGGAAAUGAGCCCUCUCGCGGUGCCAAGGUUGACAAGAAUAUCGCGGACGAGGAGGCCGAGAUCAUCAGGAAGAUGGAUGAGAAGAAGGCUCAAAAAUGA